AGGGUCAGUUAGACCUGUUCUGGGUAACGGACAGACAGACCUGUGUCAGGAAAAGAGGCAGAUGUCUGAUGACCAGCCAACUAUGUAUUUGUUCCUUCAUGCUUCUCUUAAGCAGGCCUGAGUUUGCAGCAAGGAAUAACACAGACAAAAACCUGCAUACAAAACAUAAACAUCGACUUCCAAUGGCAAUAAGUUCUAUGAAGACAAUAAAAGCUGGGCCAUGAGAGAAAGCAACUGGGACUGGAUGGGUGGUGACUCCAGAUGGGCUGAUCUCCAUGUGAGAUCUGGAGGAAUGGUGUUCCAGACACUGGGAACAGCAAAUGCAAAGGCCCUGAGUUGGGAAUAAGCUUCGUGUGAUCAAGGAAUGGAAGGGAGGUCUGAACAGAAAGCAAGGGGGCAGGAAUAGUAGAUGAGAUCAUCAGGGGCCUGGCAGGUUGUGGAGCAGGGAGGUAGAUUCUAUUUUAAGGGCUGUGUAAAGUCAAGGAAGGAUUUUAGUAGAGGAAAGACGCAAACCUGGCUUGGGCUUUAAAAAGCUCCCCCUAGCUGCUUGGAGAGGAAUGGAAGGUAGGCAACAAGAGUGGAAACUGAGACAGGGCUGGUGCAAUAAUCCGGGUGAGAGAUGAUGAUGGCUAGGGUCAAAGGGUAGUGGGGCAGGUAGUGAGACAUGAUUGGAUUCUGGGGACACGUGAUUGAGAUAGGUGGACAACAAGGGCAGGCAGCCAGACAGGUCACCCCUAGGAAAGGGGACAUUCAGACAGAGAAUGGGGCCAAACAGGAUGAGAUGACCAGAGAUUGGGAGGUGAGGCAGAGGAAAGAGGAUGGGGUAGACACAUUCAAGGUAGGGGCUGCCUGGCCUCUUCUGGGAGCCUUUGGGACCUGGACACAACUCCUUGCCCCUUCCCAGGUCAGCAAUCUGAAGACAAUCUUACAGAGCCUGGUAGAGUACUCCCAGGAUGUCCUGGGGCAUCCCAUUUUGGAGCAGCACCUUCCAGACGUGAGCCUCAUUGGCGAGUUCUCAGACCCAGAAGAACUUGGCAAGCUGCUUCAACUGGUGUUGGGCUGUGCCAUCAGUUGCGAGAAAAAGCAGGAGCACAUCCAGAGAAUCAUGACACUAGAAGAAUCAGUUCAGCAUGUGGUGAUGGAAGCCAUCCAGGAGCUCAUGACCAAAGACACCUCUGACUCCCUGUCAUUGGAGACAUAUGGGAACUUUGAUAGUCAGUCCCGCAGGUACUACUUCCUGAGUGAGGAGGCUGACGAGGGGGAUGAGCUGCGGCAGCGCUGUCUGGACCUGGAGCGGCAGCUGGUACUCCUGUCAGACGAGAAGCAGAGCCUGGCUCAGGAAAACGCGCUGCUGAGGGAGCGGGUGGGCCGGUCGGAGAGUGAGGGUGCCACUGGCCUCACCACCAAGAAGCUGCUGUUGCUGCAGUCCCAGCUGGAGCAGCUGCAGGAGGAGAACUUCAGGCUGGAGAGCGGCAGGGAGGAUGAGCGUCUGCACUGUGCCGAGCUGGAACGGGAGGUCACUGAGCUGCAGCAGCGGAACCAGGCGCUGACCAGCCUGGCCCAGGAGGCGCAGGCCCUGAAGGAUGAAAUGGAUGAGCUUCGGCAGUCCUCGGAGCGUGCUGGGCAGCUGGAGGCCACGCUGAGCAGCUGCCGGCGCCGCCUGGGCGAGCUGCGGGAGUUGCGGCGGCAGGUGCGGCAGCUGGAGGAGCGCAAUGCUGGCCACGCCGAGCGCACGCGGCAGCUGGAGGAUGAGCUGCGCCGGGCCGGCUCCCUGCGCACCCAGCUAGAGGCUCAGCGGCGGCAGGUUCAGGAACUGCAGGGCCAGCGGCAGGAGGAAGCCAUGAAAGCCGAGAAAUGGCUAUUCGAGUGCCGCAAUCUGGAGGAAAAGUAUGAGUCGGUGACGAAGGAGAAGGAGCGGCUGUUGGCAGAGCGGGACUCCCUGCGGGAGGCCAAUGAGGAGCUGCGCUGCGCCCAGAUGCAGCCUCGGGGGCUGACCCAGGCCGACCCCUCACUGGACGCCACCUCACCGGCUGUGGAAAACUUAGCAGCUGAGAUCCUACCUGCGGAGCUCAGGGAGACACUCCUGCGGCUUCAGCUGGAGAACAAGCGCCUGUGCCAGCAGGAGGCGGCCGAUCGGGAGCGGCAGGAGGAGCUGCAGCGCCACCUGGAGGAGGCCAACCGUGCGCGCCACGGGCUGGAGACGCAGCACCGGCUGAACCAGCAGCAGCUGUCGGAGCUGCGGGCCCAGGUGGAGGACCUGCAGAAGGCCCUGCAGGAGCAGGGGGGCAAGACUGAGGACUCAACACUGCUGAAGAGGAAGCUGGAGGAACAUCUGCAGAAGCUGCACGAGGCAGAUUUGGAGCUGCAGCGGAAGCGCGAAUACAUCGAGGAGCUGGAGCCUCCUGCAGACAGCAGCACAGCCCGGCGUAUUGAGGAGCUGCAGCACAGCCUGCAGAAGAAGGACGCAGACUUGCGGGCCAUGGAGGAGCGGUACCGCCGCUACGUGGACAAGGCACGCACGGUCAUACAGACCCUGGAACCCAAGCAGCGGCUGCCUGGGGGGGGUCCCCCAGAACUCCAUGCCCUGAGGACACAACUCCAGGAGCGGGAUGUCCACAUCCGGCACUUAGAGCAGAUGGACUUUGAGAAGAGUCGAAGUCAGCGGGAGCAGGAAGAAAAGCUGCUCAUCAGUGCCUGGUAUAAUAUGGGCAUGGCUCUGCAGCAGCGAGCUGGGGAAGAGCGGGCACCCGCCCAUGCCCAGUCGUUCCUGGCACAGCAGCGGCUGGCCACCAAUGCUCGCCGAGGACCUCUGGGACGCCUAGCAUCCCUGAACAUGCGCCCCACUGACAAGCACUGAUGGAUCUCAGGAUCCUGCCACCUGCCCAGCCAGUCAGGGCAUAAUCCACCCUGGAUUCCCCUACUCACAUAGGCCCCAGCAUUAUGCCUCAGCCAGCUGCUUAAGAGCCUUGAGGUCAUAACCUCUGCCCUUUGACCUCCCAGGUGGGACAAGAGUGCAGGAUGGGGCGGGAGCCAGGAUUGGGCCUAUUCUUUUUAGCAGUGUGAUUCUUAUUCUUGAUUUUCUCCCUGCGAUUUGUGAGCUGCCAGGGGAGAAAGUGAUUUUAUAUUUGAGAAAAAUAAUAAAGACUUUGGAUCUGC